AUGAACUUUGUAAACCUGGAAAUUGAUCAAAUCACGAACCGACGUGGCUUCAGUCCCGAAGAGUGUUUCCUUAACAAGAUGAAACCUUAUUUGAGUUUAUGUCCCAAAGGAACUAGCUAUCCGUGGUUAUCGCUAGUCGUCGAGAUGGCGACGAUGGAUCUCACUGGCGAAGUGGUCCGGUUGCGGGCCGAGCUGGAAAAGGUUUCAGCUGAACGUGACAUGCUUCUCUGCGAAGUCUCGAACUUGAGACGGGAGCUGGAACUUAGCGAAUUGAAACAAUUGCAGGAUGACAGGUAA